AGUUAGACUUCCGUCCAGGGAAGGAGGCCCCGCCUUCUCGCGUCACUUCCGUAAACAAAGGGCGCUGCCGGCGCGAGUCUGGGCAUCCCAACUUCACUGGCGGGUGCUGAGGUGGUCGCUUUUGGGGCUCUUCGCUCCUUGCCUGUUGAAGAAAGGGACCCUGGGCUCCUUCUUCAUCGGGCCGUAAGAGGCUGCCCUCAGCGAAGCAAGAACUCAGGACAAUGGAAGAGCGGAAAGUGAAGAGGAGGAGCCCUAAGUCUUUUAGUGCCCACCCUACUCAGGUUGUUAAUGCCAAAAAAAAUGCCAUUCCAGUAAGUAAAAGCACAGGGUUUUCAAAUCCUGCAUCACAGUCAACUUCACAGCGACCAAAGUUAAAAAGAGUGGCAAAAGAGAAAACCAAACCUCAGGGAGGAGAAGGGAAGGGAGCCCAGUCAACUCCAAUCCAGCACUCCUUCCUUACCGACGUCUCCGACGUGCAGGAGAUGGAGCGAGGGCUCCUCAGUCUUCUGAAUGAUUUCCACUCUGGGAAGCUUCAAGCCUUCGGAAAUGAGUGUUCCAUAGAGCAGAUGGAACAUGUUCGGGGAAUGCAGGAGAAGUUAGCCCGCUUGAAUCUGGAGCUCUAUGGGGAGUUGGAGGAGCUUCCUGAGGACAAGAGGAAAACAGCCAGCGACUCCAACCUGGACAGACUGCUGUCUGAUUUAGAAGAAUUGAAUUCUUCUAUACAAAAACUGCACUUGGCCGAUGCGCAAGAUGUCCCAAACACUUCGACCAGCUGACUGAAACGCAGUCUGCUUUCCUGGGAUUCGCAGCAUAGCUGCUCACUUUACUUUUCCAGCUGAAUCCGGUACCAGCAGCAUCUCGCACCCAGGAAUCACAGUAAUUAAAGUGCCAGUUCUGGGUCCUUCGCUUACUCUGCUUCUAGUAAGUCUGCUUGCUCUCAGCACCGCGGGUGCAGCGGGGCGCAGCCUCGCUCGAGCCCGUCAGGAGCUGCCGUGCAGGCUUGUGCUGCUCGCCUCUGACUGCUGCCUUAUGGGUCAUACUUGAAAUGCAUCGUGCCCACAGCGCUCGCCCGGCCUGCGCUGUGUCCUCCCUGAGCUGCCCCGCGUACUCCAGGCAGUGGAGUUCUCGUGGCAGGCCGGCUUCUGUUUACCUUAGACAAUCAGCACGCACGCAGGUGUGUGUUCCAAUGGCCAGUGACAGCAGAUGUUAAAUGAGUGCCUGUGAGAUUGCUAUUUUUAAUAAAGUGAUUGAUUUCGA